AUGCGGGUCCCUCGGAGCAGCGCCCGGCAAGGCUGGCACAGGGGCAUUGAUGGUGCCGCUCAAAGCAACGAGCAGCCCCAGCUGUGUGCAGCUGCACCAGGAUUGUUCCCGGGGAGGAGGUUGCUGUCUGAAUGGGACGGGGGGGUGGUCCGAGGCAAAUUUAGGAGCUCACUCAGGGCUCGCAUCUUCUCGCAGUCCCGGGACCGAGCUGGAGGAGCCGCCAUGAGCCAGCACUGCACCAAGUUCUCCGGUCUCUGGAAGAUCGUGGUGUGGGACGAGAAGAACUUCCAGGGCCGGCGCCACGAGUUCACCUCCGAGUGCUACAACAUCACGGAGCUCAGCUUCGACACCGUGCGCUCCUUCAAGAUCGAGAGCGGCGCGUGGGUGGGCUUCGAGCACGGGGGCUUCCAGGGCCAGCAGUUCGUGCUGGAGCGUGGCGAGUACCCCAGCUGGGAGGCCUGGAGCGGCAGCAACGCCUACCACGUGGAGCGCAUGAACUCCUUCCGGCCCAUCGCCUGCGCUAACCACCGGGACAGCAAGAUCACGAUCUACGAGCGGGAGAACUUCCUAGGCAGGAAAGGGGACCUGAGCGACGACUACCCCUCGCUGCCGGCCAUGGGCUGGAACAGCAAAGAGGUGGGAUCCUUCCGCGUCCACUCUGGCGCCUGGGUCUGCUUCCAGUACCCCGGCUACCGGGGCUUCCAGUACAUCCUGGAGUGCGACUGCCACGGCGGGGACUACAAGCACUUCUGGGAGCUGGGCUCCCACGCGCAGACCUGCCAGGUGCAGUCCAUUCGGCGGAUCCAGCAGUGA